AUGUGGAUCAAGCAACAGACCAAACGUGCGCAGGAGCUGGAAAUUGCUACCUUCGAUGGCGAACGGUCGAUCGUCGUUGUUACGGACUUUGCGAACCGCAACAAACUGCACGGGAUCGCACAAAGCACCAGCGAGAUCAGCCCUGCCGUUGGAUGCGCGGUCGCCAUCGUGCUUUACAACCCAGGCGAGCAAGUGGACGGGCAAGAAAGGCCCGUUCAGACGGACGUCUGGCGCAUCUUUAGCGGGGCCAAGGACUGUGCGCAUUACAACGCUCUCCUAAUAGAAGAGAUUUUCGUGCACUACAGCGGCCAGGACCCACACAAGGAAUCAAAAUUGCAAAUGCCAGAAGGAGGAUGGGGAGAGCCUCGACGUGAUCGGCUGCGUCCGCCCGCUCUGAGCGCAAUCGGGCGUGCAUGUUCCCGAGGCGCAGUGCCCGGGCUUAAAAAAAUUACAGUGAUUUCAGACGGAAAAACAUCGACGUAUAAAGGCGCACCUUCCUUUGGGUAUCUCUAUGGAAUUACAGAAAAAUACGAUGUCGAGAUCAUGCAGAUGUUUGGCGCAGCGCACCACAUGAGCGGCCCGGUCGACGCAUACGGUACGUGGUCAUGCAACGGUUGUUAUAUAUAUGGGGGCUACAACGACGGCGCAGCGAAACACGAGGACACGGACGUACAAGGCUGGGCAACUGUAGACGAAGUUAAUGGAGGCAUCCACUAUGAUGCUCCGAACGCGCAUUCAAGCCAGCUGUAUUGCGUUAGGAUCAAAGCCCCGUGGACGCCAGAGCCGAAAGAACAUCCCCUGGCGCGCGUGGACUCCGAGUCAGAUCCUGAUGAUCUGUUUUGCACGGGCAAAGAUGGCAAAAAGAAGAUGUGCCUCCCAUGCAGAAAUCGUGAAAAUCAGGGCACCAUACUAUCCGGCGAGCCAGUAGCCCCGCUCGAGUGCGAUUAUCAGCACUGGUGUGGCACGCCGCGGUACGUGCAACUGCUAGGCUACAGAGCUGACACGGAAGCACAGAAGGCCAAGGAGAAACUCAGGAAGACACAAGAGACACGCGAAAAAAUAGCAGCAAAGAAACGUAAAACUCCUCCGAGCAAAAUAGAACUAGCUUCAAAAUCUCAACUCCGUCCGGGGGAGGACACGUUAUAUGGUAGUGCUUGUUCCCGCGAAUUAAGACACCGUCGCCCGGCUGCUUUAAAGGCAGCCACACCUACAAAAGUUCCAUCACAACACACAACCAUGAAAAACGUACUUUGGGACAUGUUUGAGACAAAGGUAACGUCCGGAUGUGAACUCCACUUUUUUCCUGAGCGUACUCUUCCGCAUCUUCACUUUCAUCAUCGAGAUGCUCCUCAAAACAUGCGUGUUCUGAAGACUGCCGGAGCACGUGCAAUUGCGCACAAUCUCAUCAGAAGCAGCACGAAGUGCACCAGGCUCCAGACCAUAGGGAGCACCAACAAAGUCAAGGGAGCCACCGUAAGAACCGAAUGGAUUCGGCCGCACCUCGAAAUUACUUUGAGGAAUGUAACGCAACGCGGUGGUCAUUAUGUUCACCGCAUGCGCCGCGUUACCGUCGGUAAGCUUGUGCAAGAACCUGUGCAACUCACCCUCCAUCGCGCGCAGCUCAUCCGGCCCGACAUCAUCGCAAGCAGCGGCCGCGCGAGAAGCGCCUUGUGGCAUGGCGUCACGCCCCGGCACGGGGCGCCCUUCCGCAGCCCGCGGGGCCCCGAACGCCCCGGGCGGGCCGAGCUAGCACAGCGGAUCUACAGUCAUAUUAUCCCUCCAUGGCUCGAUUACAAGAUACUGAAGUUACGCGGUCGUAUUUUGAAUUGGAGCUCUGAGCGCGCGGCGUUUGAGGAAACUAAGUUCCAUGAGAGGACUGCGUGCAAAGCUUUUGUCGGGAUCUGCACUUUGGGUGGAUUUUUUAUCAAGAAGGGUCAGCAAUUGUUGUUAAAAAAGGGCCUCAUGCCGCCCCAAUAUUACGACGCAUUGAAACCGCUGUUAGCCGACGUUCCAGAGCGGCCAUUUCUGGUGAUGGCCAAAGUUUUUCAUGAUUCUACAGGUAAAUCAUUGUCGGAAGUUUUUGAGACCAUCAACCCGAAUUGCAUUGGCGCGGCGUCUCUGGCACAAACAUAUGUGGGUGUGCUCAGGCCCGAAUAUCGCGCUGGCAAAGAGGCACGAAAGGUGAUUGUGAAGAUCCAGUACCCCGAGGUGAGAGCAUACUUUGCCCUUGAUCUGAGAAUAAUUCUCAGACUGUGCAACUCCUUCUUCCCACGAAUGUAUGAGGCGAAUAAGGCGGCGCAGGAACAACACUUGCGCGAACUGGACAUGUGGAACGAGGCGCAAACACUUGAACGCAUGGGUCGGGCCAUGGCCCGUGCCGGUCUAUCGCCUCACAAAGUUGUGGUCCCACAACCAGCGCGCUGCUUGACGUCUCGAAAGACUCUUGUAAUGGAUUUUCUUCCCGGUGUCACGUUUGACAAAUUUGUGGAUCGCUGCUCCCACGAAUUGAAGCAGUUGUUUGGCCCAUCCGACUGGGGGGUUAUGGCGUCGAGAGCAGCUGACGAAAUGAACUCAAAAGAAGAGCAAAUUAACGAUAGUUGCGAUACACGGAUCCAUAUUCAACCGCCAUCAGAAUUACUAAAACUGGCUGCUGCAACUGCCAAAAUUAUCGAGGGGAAUAUUUUCGAUUCUGUCACAAAGUUACAAAACCUUGUAUUGGGUUUGUCCAAGUCUAGGCAGGUUGUUGCAGACUAUCACAAGAUCAUUCUUAUACUGCAGGUUCUUGUUGAGGCUCUCGGGUACCAGUGUCUCAUAGAGGGUUGUGUGAAUGUGGAUUCGCACCCGGGAAAUGUCAUUUGCAUGGAUGAUGGGCGUGUUGGGCUGAUCGAUUUCGGCCAAGUGGGGUAUCUGAAUGAUGAAGAGCGUCUCUGUGUUGCCAAGAUUAUUCUUGCGAUCCGCAAUUAUGAUCGCGAUGCCACAUGUGCGGCAAUGCGGUCUCUGCCUCCAGAUGGGUUCCGAUGCAAGGAUGACAACGAUGUUGUCGUAGAGCGAUGGGCCAUUUUUGCCUUUGAUCGUGUCGAUUUGUCGCCACUCCAUUAUGAUGAUGCUGUGCAAAGACCAAUACCCGCCAUGUUGCACCAUCGGGUCACCGUUUUCCCUAACGCAUACCUGUGCGUGCGGCGUGUGUCUGAGAUCUUACUCUCUUCCACACUCAUGUUUGGUGGUAAGAUAAUGCCCCCUCUUUCGACAGCCUGGGGCAGUUUGGCAGAACAAGUCGUCAAAGAAACCGAGGACACGGAAAUGAAGAAAGCUUCGGAGCAUAUGGGCUUGAAACUAAUGAAUUUUGUCCUCAAAGUUCGGCGGAAGUCAUUCAGGUCGAAGCUUGUAAAUGAUGGCUACCGAAAGAGCAAAAAAACCCUCGGUUUGGAUAUCAUCGAAGGAGCGGUCCGACUCGAGAGACCCAUUCAAUCUAGAUUGAAAAAUGAGGAACGUCUCGCGCGUGGAGCGAUGCCAAUAUUUGCGCCUGCAAUUGAACAUGCCCCACAGACCCGUGGCAAUGAACCUAGAUUCAACAGGCAUAGUUGGAGAAGAAGUGUGAUUGAGAUAGAGCGAAUCAACUGA